AUGGCCUCCGCCACCGCAGAAGAGCUCGAGGUCAAGAACUCGACCGAGAGCGCCCAGACCUUUAUUGACUGGUUCUACACAUCCGUCAGCGACCGCAAGCCGCUCGCGUCCUUUUAUGUCAACAACAAUGCAAAAUACUCGGCCGUCGGGGCCGCCGCCGACUUGAGCAUCAACGGCAUGGUGUGCGCAAAACCCGCCGACUUCGAGGCCUUGCUGGCACGACAAGCCGGCGCACAAAAUGCCAACGGCGCCGCCGCGACCAACGGCACCUCCUCUGUUUCCAACCCCCACCGCAACACGUCAUCCUCGUCGUCCUCCUCGACACCCACAUUCCGCGUCCGCUACGAUGUCGACGGCUUCGACGUGCACGUGCUUAACCCGCAGUUCCGUCUCGCCUGUCCCGACGCGAUCCUGCAGCGAAUGACGCCAGGCUCGGCAGCCUACGAGACCACCACGCCUCAGCAGCUUAAGCAGCUGCAGCAGAAGAUGGUCUCUUUGCUCGUCCAGGUGACGGGCCACGUCCAGUACGGCGCUGGUAAGGAGGCGCCGCGCGGUGCGUUCACAGAGGUGUUUGUGCUGGUGCCCAAUUGGGACGCCUUGGCCAGUGGUCCGCGAACGCCACGAGGCCUGCGCAACUACCUUAUCCUCAGUCAGAAUUUCCGUGCUUUAUGA